UACAGAAGAUUUUCUCUGGGAACAAUGUCUGCCCGGCUUUCGUUGGUUCUGCUCGGGAUGGUGCUGUGCCACAUGGGAUUAUCCCAGUUAUUGGAUGAAAAGUGCCAUGACGAGACGGUCACAAAUAAAUUUUACUAUCAAACUGAUCUGGUUGACACUCCAUGGAUCGCAAGCAUAUACAAUAAUGAUGAAUUUAUUUGCCAUGGGACGCUUGUUCACAAACUCUUCGUCCUAACGACUGCGAGUUGCAUAGGGAAUAGAAGAAAUAUAUUUGUACGUUUGGGGGAGUACGAUAAGUCCUGCACUCCAUCGUACUGCAAUACCGUCGAUCAGUACGGAGUUGCGACGGCUAUUCAGCAUCGCGAUUUUGACCCCUACAAGGGCACAAACGAUAUACUUUUGCUAAGACUCUUCGGGGAAGUGGAAUACAAUGCCCAUAUCCGGCCAAUCUGCAUUAUCUUCGAUGACGUGGUUAGCUCAGGAACAAUUGCAAGAUUUAGAGCCUUCGGAUGGGGUGGACAUAGCCAAGAGCUGCAGACCAUAGAUCUGUAUCAUAAGGUUGAUACCGAUUGCCAGAGAAAUGGUAUGGUACGGCAACACAACCAGAUCUGUGCGGGCACAUUUUAUGGAGGCUUCUGUGAGGGAAUCCCUGGCGGUCCCGUGACGGCAGAUUUAUAUUACGGCGGAAAAAAACUGGAUGUACUGUUUGGGAUCGUGAGAUAUGGCAGACAUUUAUGCAGUUCGGCUAGCGUCUACACAAAAGUGACGGCCUACCAGGACUGGAUAUAUAAUAAUGUGCGAGGUGCCGAAACCAAGGCGGUUCAGGUUUUCAACGAGGAGUGCAGAACCAAUUGGACUGAGGAAGUUUUGGUUCGCCUUUGGGAGGUGUCUCUGAUUCAGAAUUCUUUCACAGGAGCGCUAGUAACAAACCAAUUUGUCGUGACUGUGGCCAGCGCUUUCCUUACCAAUCCCACUGUAAUAAAGGUAAAGACCAAACUUCAGCAGAGUCUUGAUGUGGAAUCGAUCCACCAGCACCCCCACUUUUCAUAUUCACCAGAAUCAGUAAGGAACAAUAUUGCUUUGCUUAAACUAACUGAGAAAGUUUCAAGCUCAGAUGCGGUAAAACCAAUCUGCAUUGUUAUGAACCCGAAGGCACCAAGGAAUUUAAUUGUACUUUUGAAUGUGAACCAGGAAGGUUUUAUGGGCGUUCAUAAGGAAAAUGUAGUCCCCGUCGAUAACUCGCUUUGCAGCCAAAAGAUAGGAAUGAUAGUUGGAACUAACCAAUUUUGUGUCGAGAAUCGGGGCGUUCUCAAGUAUCAGAAAUCUGGUUCAAUUGUAGGUACAUUUCAAAGUGUACGCGGUGUCAAUAGGUACGUUCUUAUCGGCAUAAUUAGCUUUUAUAAGAACGACCUGGUCGUUCUUACAAAUGUUCAAAAUCACGCGUAUUGGAUAAUGGAUACAGUUAAUAGUCUAGUCAUUUAAGAGUCUAGUCGUAAAAAGCUUUUACUUAAAGUAAAGGGAACAAAAACAAAACGGGCAGUAAAAAUAUAUCUGUAAUUUGCAUGGGAUAAACAACAUUUGAAUGUUGCAAUAAAUUUAAGAAUAUAUGGUCAAACUA